CGACCUGGACCUGAACUGGACUAAAGCCAGAACCAAGAGACGUUUCCGAUCAGAGUAACGGAUAUGGACGUGUCACCAAGAUAUGAUGCUUGCGUGGAUAUUCAGCCCCAGCAAGGAAGUCAGAGGGAGGACAGCGGGGGGACGGACAUAAAACAACCCGAAGAAGGAGAAGAGCUAAAAAAGUCAGCUAUACAUGAGUCAGAUACCUUGCAAUGGCAGGACACAAAGUCGGGGUUAGAGACAGCUGGACAGGCUAGAGGACAGCAAAGUAAAGGGGACAGGGUAAGUGUGAGGUCCGACCUGUCUCUCCGUGAGGCAUCCAGCAUGACAGAAAGUGAGCGCGAGUUGAAGGCGGGGCUGCGCAAGAGAAUGAAAGGGGCAGAAGAAGGGGCGGGGCUUAGCGUAGAGUGCAUGGAACACCUGAAGAUGGAGACGGUGGAGCCCAUGGAGAACCACCUUCCAGAGAAAGCAGCGCAGGUGUUCAAUCCUGCUGUGACUGUCCUCCCCUCCCCCUCCUCACCCAGAGACACAGAUGCAUACUGGGAAAUGGACUCGGAGAAGAGUCCCUUCUUGAAUCCUCGUGACAUGGACUACAACCAGGAUGGCUACCAGUAUGCGUAUGAGGAAGAGCCCCGUUCUGCUUGCAAUCGGGUAUGCUCUGGCAGAGAUGCCCUGAAGUCAAGUGUGUCUUUGGUGACAUCAGCACUCCUGUUUCCGAUCCUGGUUUGGGGAGGGUAUGUCUUUCUGCCCUUUGAUGCCCCCCUGUUGGAGAACCCCCCACUCAGACUUGUCUACACUCUGCGCUGCUCAGUGUUUGCUGCUGUGCCCAUCGUCCUCGGUUGGCUGGUUCUAGGGGUCAACCGGCUACGCAUGGGUGCGACUCAGCCGGUCACUGUGGACGACUUUAAGGAGGCGGAUCUUCAAGAGGUCACUGUUCAUCGACGCUACAUCUCUGACUCCGCCUCACUUUUCCUGAUCUACUUCCUGCAGCUAGUUGUCUUGUCCAUGUACCUGAGCCAAGAACAGCUGAAGCUCGUCCCUCUGCUGACCAUCAUCUUCGCCUUCGGACGGUUGGCGUACUGGUUAGCGGCGGCGUUUGGCAGCAGCGUUCGUGCUUUUGGCUUCGGCCUGUCCUUCCUGCCGAGCGUCGCCAUGAUGGUGGCGAACUUCUACUUCAUCUUCACAGUGGAGGCGUCCGGGUCCAUCUUCAGUGUGUCGCCUGACUCUGAGGAGGUGGUGGUGGCUCCGCCCAAAGGCAGGCAGAGGUUCUGGGGAUGAGAUCUGACCAGUUUUUAUGCAGUUGGUUUAGAAAUGAAUGUCUGUAGUUUACGGAGGAAUGGGAAGCUCCGCCCACCUCCUGAAUGUUUUCUUUUUUUCCUCUUUAAGUUCAGUUUUUCAGUGCUUUUAUUUUGUUCAAAACAUAUGUCUUCUUGCUCAUUAAUCAACAUUUAAUUUUGUAAAAUAUUAAUUAAAUCCUUUUUUAUCUGAUAUCAGAAAAGUUUAGGUUCAUAUAAUUUCACAAUAAAAGCAUAAAA